AUGGCUCUCAACCAUUUCCAACCCCCAGUUUCCGCCGUCUCCACUCGCUGGUUUACCCCACCAGCGCUGCCUCCUGCUCCCCCGCCUCGCUGCUUUUGCUUCGCCGGGAUCGCUCUCCCCUUGUUUUCGAUAUCAUUGCAUUCCGCCCGGAGGAGCUUUUCUUGUUCUCGGGUUAAAGAAUUUGUGGUGUAUAAUCCUACUACUCGGGAGUUUAAGCUUAUUCCAACGAUCGAUACUGUAGAUUGCUAUAAAGUUCUGAAUAUUGUGUUUGACCCUGUAAAGUCUGAUCACUACAAGCUUAUUUGCAUAUGCUGGGAUCGCUCUGAAAGUUCUGUUUAUAGAUUCUCUGUAUACUCAUCUGAAAUUGGGGUUUGGAAGAAUACUGGAGAAAUGGAGAUCGAAGAAUUGAUUUGUGAACGGGGAGUGUUAUCGAAUGGUGGUCUUCAUUGGAUUAGUCACUGGAAUUACAGCGUAUGCUUUGAUGUUGAUAAUGAGUGCAGUGGGCCGCAUAGGUACGCCAUAAGGGAGCCCGGGAAACAUGCAGAUGUUGGGUAUUUUGGGGAGUCAGGGGGCAGUCUGUUUUAUAUUGAUGUAAAUGAACCCCAAGGGAUGCUGUUUGAUGUUUUCGAGUUGGAGUUGAAGAGGAACUGCCUGUAUUGGAGUGUCAAGUAUCAACUUGAUCUUGCGCCCUUGACUACUCUGUAUCCGCAGAUGUUAAACGAGAAUUGUUCUCUCUCAUUUGAGGAGCGAUUUGAAUUCUAUACAACUAGUUUUCUUGUGGAUGAGAAAAAAAAGAAAGCGAGCCUUGUCAUAUCACUUGCUGGUAAAAUUAUUUCUUAUGAUAUUAACAAGCUGACUAUAUUGGAGCUUGCCAAUGUAGAGGUGGAUGCAUAUUAUGGUCCCAGGAGAGGUUUCUACAGAUGGGAUUGGGCUUCCCAACAUGUCAAGACAUUAGUUUGUCUUUAA